AUGACGACGACCGCCUCCCCAGUAGCGGGCUCAGGCUACACGCUCCCCUCCCUCCCCACGCUCUUCCACAAACUAAUCUCGCCCUUCCCACUCGUAACCUACCCACCCGCCUCCGUCCCGCACAAACGACCCGUCACCGCCCCCACGCUCUGGAUAAUCCCGCCCUUAUCGACCACACCCGACACAAAGCCUGACUUUCUGAGCGCGGACGUGGAGUGUCUGAAGUGGCAGGCGCAUCUGGCGCUGAGGGGUGUGCACGCUCAAGUCAGAUGGGACGUCGACCCGUCCGGCGCGUUGGGCGGGCGCUUGCCGUGUCUCGCCGUACCCAGCACGCUCGCGAAAGACGGAGACGGCGAACUACUGGCCGCGCAUAACAUCCCGGGAUGGACAAUCGAAAACGCCAAGGGCGAGCUAGGCGAGUUCGAGGGAUACACAGACGCCUCUGCGCGCGACGAGAGCCGAGCCUGGAUCGCGCUGCUCGAGGGCGACGUCCACGCAGCGCUCACACUCGCGCAACCUUCCCCGUCAUUCCUCCUGCACACGCUCCUGCAGGUGCCGUUCGCGCACGAGCCGCAGGGCGCGGAGAAGGUGCUCAGUCCGCCGCCGGCGCCGCUGUCGGGGCUGUUGAGCGUGGUGCAGCCGUUUGGGAGGAGGGUGCCGGUUGGGGCUGUUCAUGCGAGGUAUCAUGAGGCUGUUGCGGCGCUGAGCGAGAGGUUGGGGACGGAUAGGUGGUUCUUGGGCUCUGCUGAACCGACGGCCCUCGACGCGCUAGCGUUCGCGUACUUGCACACGCUCUUGAACUCGACGGACGAGCUCAGGAUAGAAGUUGCCAGGAGGGUCAAUCUCGUUACGUGGGAGAGGAGGGUGUACGAGCAGGUCCGCUCGUCGUUCGAGAGUGCGGGCAGCACAUAG